AUGUCAUCGCCUUUAAUCUCGUCGUCGUCCUCGUCGCCAUCGCCAUCGCCGUCGCCGUCGCCGUCGCCGUCGCCGUUGCCGUUCCCGUUACCGCAGCGACUUGCAGCAACUGCAGUUGAUACCCGCUCAUUUUUCAAACUACAUUGGGCGUGCUUUAAAGUACUCGGUGUCGUCGCACCCACCGCGGAUGUCUUUUACCUCGUCUACUCUGUGCUGCUGCAUUUGCUCGUCAAUCUGUGCUACCCUCUGCAUCUCGCCCUGAUGCUAUUCAGAAGCCCCAAUUCCUCGGCUAAUAUUCAAAAUCUCGCGGUGUGCGUAACCUGCAUGGCAUGCAGUGUGAAAUUCGUCAUUUACACCAUGAAAAUGUGGCGCAUACGUGAGUUGGAGUCCAUCGUUGCCGCGUUGGAUGCACGUGCCUGCAGUCCACGUGAACGUGGUUAUUUUCUAAAGUUGCGCAAAGAUAUGCGCCGCAUUACUAUUGGUUUUCUCAGCAUUUACGCGUUUGUCGGCGUGACGGCAGAGUUGAUGUUUAUUUUUUGUAAUGAACAUAAUUUGUUGUAUCCGGCAUGGUUUCCGUUCGAUUGGCGUGCCAGCAAGUUGAAGUUUUACGCGGCGCAUUUUUAUCAAAUUGUCGGCAUCUCUUAUCUCCUGCUGCAGAAUUUCGUAAAUGAUUGCUUUCCCACGAUGGCAUUGGCGCUGCUGUCGGCGCACAUCAAAUUGCUUGGUAUUAGAGUUUCGCAAAUUGGCCAUGAGGCGAAAAGUUUGGAUGCAAAUGAGUUGGAGUUGUUGCGUUGCAUCAAGGAUCAGGAGCACUUGUUCAACAUGCUCAACACCAUACAAAAUAUUAUCUCCCUGCCAAUGUUUCUUCAAUUUACCGUUACUGCAAUCAACAUCUGUCUGGCCAUGGCUGCAUUAUUCUUCUUCGUCGAUGCGCCAUUCGAUCGAUUAUACUAUUUGGCAUAUUUCCUCUCCAUGCCCCUGGAGAUAUUUCCCACCUGUUACUACGGCACGGACUUUCAAUUACUUUUCGAGACUCUGCACAUUGAGAUGUAUGCGAGUAAUUGGGUAGAGCAGACACAGAAAUUUCGCAAGCAUAUGAUACUCUUCAAUGAGCGUUCGUUAAAGAAGGAGGUUGCCAUGGCUGGUGGUAUGAUACGCAUUCAUUUGGAUACGUUCGUAUCGACCUGUAAGGGGGCUUACUCGUUGUUGGCUGUUAUAAUGAAGAUGAAUGAAUGAGUAUACAAAAGUGACUGGUUAUCAAAAUAUACAAUGUGCACACUUACAUAUGUAGUUGUAUGUGUGAAAUAUUUGCAUAUGUGCUUAACACAUACAUACAUACAUGCAUGCUUUAUAUAAAUGUAGUGUGCUUGAAUACGUUUAUGCAUUCUUGAUAUUGAUUACUAUGCUUUUAACACCAUUUAAACUCGACUGUAAGACUCUUAGGCGAAAAUAUAU